AACCGAUGACAGUACUUAUCAGAAAAUUAGAGAUUUAUUAUUCUGAAUCCAGCGGCCUGUUGUCACUCACAUUGCUUCUGGCUUUAACUUCUUUCUACACUAAUUAAUAUUUAAUAGUUUUUUCUCUUGCAAUUUCUGUAAUAAUUCGUGCAUGAAGUAUGAUACUACCCAUUGACUCGUAUUGAAGAACAGUUCUAGGCAAUGGAGAGACAGAGAAGUUUCUCCUUCAAACCCACUAGGCUUUUGGUUUUCUCAUUCACUAUCUUUUCCUCGAUUCUCUUCCUCUCCACCUUCACCACUUGGCUAACCAAUUUCACUCCUUCAAAUCACCAACAUAUUCAUCUUCAUUUCAACACUUCUUCUACUUCUACUUCUACUGCCAAUACUUCUUCAUCCUCUUCUGUCGGUGACGGUGACAGUGUGGCUCUCCCACCUUUAUUUGUUCAUUCCUUGACCGAAAAUUUCACACUGAGUGGUGAGAAAAUUUCAACUUUGAUCGAUAACCGUCUGUCCAGGACCCAGGAAAGCUUAUCUGGAUCCAAAUCUGAACCUGUACGACACGAUGUUGGUGCUUCGAAUGUCAAUUUCACGGCAAUGCGAGAGUAUGGAACUUCGCCUGAGAGGGUUCCCGGCAACGAGCAGAAGAAGAUAGUAACUGGAGGUUUAGAUGGGAAUACUCAAGUUCCUUUUUUGAAAAAGAUUGAGCAGAAGGGAGUUGAAGGGUGUGAUUUAACAAAAGGGUAUUGGGUUUUUGAUGAAAGCUAUGCCCUUUAUUCCAAAGAUUCGUGUCCUUUCAUAGAUGAAGGUUUUGAUUGUGUGGGGAAUGGAAGAUUGGAUAGAGACUACUCUAAGUGGAGAUGGCAGCCCAAAGACUGUGACAUUCCGAGGUUCAAUGCAACUAAAAUGCUGGAGUUGAUUAGAGGGAAAAGGCUUGUUUUUGUGGGUGAUUCGAUUAAUAGGAACCAAUGGGAAUCAAUGUUGUGCAUGUUAUUGGGUGGUAUUAAAGAUCCAUCGAGAGUGUAUGAGACCCAUGGAAGGAAAAUUACGAAAGAGAAGGGAAAUUAUAGUUUCAGGUUUCUGGAUUAUCAAUGUACGGUUGAAUACUAUGUCAGUCAUUUCUUAGUUCAUGAAAGCAAGGCAAGAGUUGGGCAGAAACGAAGACCAACCUUGCGAAUUGAUGCCAUUGAUCAUGGUUCAUCAAGAUGGAAGGGAGCUGAUGUUUUGGUUUUCAACACUGCGCAUUGGUGGUCACAUUACAAAACAAAAGCUGGGAUUUAUUACUACCAAGAAGGAAGUGUGGUUCAUCCCCAGCUAAAUGUUUCCACAGCUUUCAGAAAAGCUUUAACGAUUUGGUCUUCAUGGGUGGACAGACACAUCAAUCACCGAAAAACCAGAGUUUUCUUUCGAAGUUCAGCACCAUCACAUUUCAGAGGUGGUGAUUGGAAUUCUGGAGGGCAUUGUACAGAAGCCACUCUUCCUCUAAAUGAAACCUUAUUAAGCACUAGUUAUCCUGAGAAGAACAUCAUCGUAGAGCAGAUAAUAGAGCAAAUGAAAACUCCUGUGACAUUGUUGAAUGUAACUAGUUUGUCAGCAUAUAGGAUCGAUGGUCACCCAUCAGUUUAUGGGAGAAAAACACGAUCUUCUAGGAUUCAAGAUUGUAGCCAUUGGUGUCUUCCAGGAGUUCCAGAUACAUGGAAUGAAUUGUUAUAUUUUCAUCUACAGAGUAGAUAACAGUUACCACUUCAAACUCUUUUGCGCUUCAUUUUUUCUGGAACCUGUAUAUACACAGCUUGUGAAAUAUAUUCCCUUUCUUCACUAGUU